CUGUUCGCAGGACUGUUCGCAGCAGUAUGUUUGCCAAGACACUGCCCGCUCUUUCUUAAGUGCGCUUGCACACGAGGACACUUCAACAAUCAACAAAAUGUCUUUGUCCGGCGGGGCCCGUGCUGUUGCAAUCCUUGGCGGCAUUGUCAUGGUGGGCCAAGUGUUCCUCGCGAUGCAGCUGCAGUCGAUGAGAAACUCGCUAGGCAACAGAUUUGACGCGCUGGGGGACAAGUUUGAUGCGAUGGGGAGCAAGCUUGAUGCGAUGGGGAGCAAGUUCGACGCGAUGGGGAGCAAGCUUGAUGCGAUGGGGAGCAAGUUCGACGCGAUGGGGAGCAAGUUCGACGCGAUUGGGAGCAAGCUUGACGCGCUGCUGGAGAAGCGUUAGGCAAAGGUGACGGGGACGAGGCGGGGGCAGUGCUCGUAUCUUGUAGAUGCCCUCAGGCACCCGGCAUCUACACAUGCGUAGAUGACCCUGACCGCGGCAUCUACACUUAAGCCCCCAAGCCCCCCAAAACGUCUACGCUUCCCCCAUUCUUGCGCCAAAACCGGCCAAAACCGUCUACACUGCGUAGAUGCGUGGCACCCAAACCCAAAAAUUUUUCUCCGCCUUCGGCGGAUUUUGGGCAGAUUUCUACAGUGUAGAUGGAAGAUACGAGCACUGGGCGGGGGCCGCGGGGGGGGGCGGGGGUGGCGUGCUAGGCGGGCCACGGCGGGACACUAUGGCUACGAGCGAGACAACGUGCUUGCUUGGCGACAUACGUGACCUUAAUUGUAAGUUCGCGAAGCG